UAGAUAUUCAAACGCAGUGCUUUUCGCGCCCAAAAGUCACAUGCCCCCGCUCUCUCGCACAUAGACUGUAAGGGUGGGGGGAAAGUGUGUCAUGCAAUUGCAAACAUGUGUUGAUAUUUUUUAGUGAAUGAAUGAAAACAGCUAACGUAUAGGUAUAUCUUUGCAUGUAGGUGUACGGAAUUUUGCAUUUUAAGUGUCGUUUACUUAAUCGAUUGAAAGUGAGUCGGUACCGAUGUCAGGUGUAACUAUAAUCAAUACAGUGUAUAGAAGUAACCCCUUAUCUAUCACCAUACAGUCCUUAACAAAAUAGAAAUAGCAGAUGUUCCAGUUGACCCGGCAAAAAUAGAAACUCCGAACGGCCCGGUUUACGCUCUGUGUGUUGGUGUGCGUGACAUUGAAACAGCUGAUCGGAGAGUGGCAUUGACUUUUUUACAAAAAUCUCACGUUCGUUAACAAAAGGCGGCAUUAAACGAAAUGAAGAGCCUAUAAUCGGAUUGGUGAUCGGACUGGCCCUGGUUUUUUCCAUACUGGACUCGGAAUUUUUCUCAGAUUUUUCUUUUUAAUAAAUAAUAUCAGGGAACAUGGACACGAGCACCGAUGCAUUGUCGCCAAGUAAAGAAAACGAGGCCGAGAUUGUCGAAACAACCACUGCAGUUCAUGAUGGUCAGAUCGGCAGGAAAAUCGAGCCAACGAGCCUGCUGCCCCCCACGUCGGCGUUAGCCGCACCAACGGUACCUCUGGCCAAAAAUUUGCAGCCCAUCGGACGGGUGAAGCAACUCAGGGACUCGGCGCUCAAGGAGACCUCGUCUAUUGUUUCUUCUGGCUCGGCUACCGGUAACCCGCGCAACAAAACAGCCCUGGCUCCAGGCCACAGUCUGAUGGAUUGGAUUCGGCUGGGCUCGUCCGGGGUGGACUUGACCGGAGUUGGCGGCAAACUCCUAACGGUCACACCUGCCGAGCUGGCCAAACACGACAAAGAGACCGAUGCCUGGAUCGCGAUACGAGGCAUCGUCUUCAACGUCUCGCGCUACUUGGCUUUCCAUCCUGGUGGUGUGCCCGAACUGAUGAAGGGCGUAGGAAAGGACGCCACCAAACUAUUUGACGACGUGCACGCGUGGGUCAACUACCAGAGUAUCCUGCAAAAGUGCGUCGUUGGUCGGCUCGAGCGCUCCAUCAACGCGGAUCUGUGCUUUCGGAGCGAUAAAGACGCGCCUAAAAAUAUCACUAACGCAGCGGCUGCAGCAAAGGCCAGUGCGGCUGUAAAGCUCGACUGGCGGCAGACGAGCCAUAGCGUCUCCCUGUUUUUCACAGGUUGCAAGCCAGAGAUCGGUCCGCUGGGCGAGUGUCAAGUCAGAAGGGAGAACGAGCGAGAGUUUGCGCUAAGGAUAGGGCUGGAGAGGAGCGGACACGUCACAAGGUACAGCCUAGUAGUUGCCGAGGACGUCGAGUGGCCGCCCAACUUUCGUCACGGCUGCGAGGGACAGGAGAUCGAGUUGGUGUUCAAGAAGAAGAAUCGAGGCAUCUGGAAAAGUUACGGUACGCACUCGGCGUCGCAGGAAGAGCCAGUCGCAGGGAAGGCCAUGGCUAAGCGGACGUACAAUGAAUACGAGGUGCUCGAGAACACUGGGCUCUGUGAGGCAGUUCGUCUCUUGGUUUUGCGUGCUCGGAAUUACGUUCAACUGGUACCGGCCGGCAGACACGUCCAAGCUAAGCUCCACGUCAUGGGUACGGAAGUUUCGCGGCCCUACACACCCGUGCCCAGUUGUCUGCACCCGGAGGACAGGCCAGCUUCAGCCACCAGUGACGACUGCCUCUGCCUGAUGGUCAAGCGCUACGAAAAUGGAGCACUGAGUCCCACACUAGCCGCGCUGAGGGUCGGUGACAAGCUCGAGCUGAGCAAUGCGCUCGGGACCUUCGAGCCCGGCCGGUACGACGAGUGUUCGGCGAUGCACCUCCUAGCUGCCGGGUCUGGGCUCACGGUCAUGCUGGCCGUCGUAAAGCGCGCUCUCGCCAGGCGCAGCCCACCGACAAUCAACUUGGUCAAUUUCAACAGGGACGAGGAUAACGUGUUUUACGCGCGGGAGCUCGAGAGGCUCGCUGGAGAAGACAAGCUCAAGUUGACGCAGGUGAUGUCAGAGGCCGGGGACACUUGGCAAGGCAGACGGGCCACACUGUCGGAGGAGUUGCUGCUGGAGCUCUUGGGCCGAGCUGCGAACGCCAGGGCUUGCGUCUUCACGUGUGGACCACCGGGCUUCAUGAAACUCGCCAGAGAGUCCCUGCGAAACCUCGGCUGGGAGCGGAUCUACGAAUUCGACGGCUGAGCCGAUGCACGUGCGCAUACAUAAUACAACCGACGCUGCUUGCCAUACACUCGCAUGGGUGAGUGUGUUUUUGCACUUUUCGUACGCAUAUAUGUAUUUACAUAUAUAUCUGCUUCAUUCGCGCGGUAUCUCUGAAAACUCGCGGGCGAGACCAAACAGAGAUACUAUGUACA